GCCCCCUUCGGCGGGAGCUCGGACAUGGCUGCCGCGCUGGGCAGCCGGGGCGUGCUGCGGCGGUCCCUCUCGGCGCUGAAGGCCGGGAUCCACGUCCCCCGCGCGGGGCCCGCGGCGGCGUUCGGCACCUCAGUCACCUCUGCCAAAGUGGCCGUGAAUGGCGUUCACCUGCAUUACCAGCAGACGGGAGAGGGAGAGCACGCAGUCCUGCUACUUCCUGGAAUGUUGGGAAGUGGAGAGACUGAUUUCGGACCCCAGCUCCAGAGCCUAAGUAAGAAGCUCUUCACAGUGGUCGCCUGGGAUCCCCGAGGAUAUGGACGCUCCAGACCCCCAGAUCGAGAUUUCCCAGUGGACUUUUUUGAAAGGGAUGCAAAAGAUGCUGUAGAUUUGAUGAAGACGCUGAAGUUUAAGAAGGUCUCUCUGCUGGGGUGGAGUGAUGGCGGCAUAACCGCGCUCAUUGCUGCCGCAAAAUAUCCCGCUUACAUCCACAAGAUGGUGAUCUGGGGCGCCAACGCCUACGUCACUGCCGAGGACAGCGUGAUUUAUGAGGGCAUCCGAGAUGUUUCUAAAUGGAGUGAGAGGACAAGAAAGCCUCUAGAAGCCCUGUAUGGGUGUGACUACUUUGCCAGGACCUGCGAGAAGUGGGUGGAUGGCAUAGGACAGUUUAAACAGCAACCAGAGGGUAACAUCUGCCGGCACUUGCUGCCGCUGGUCCAGUGCCCCACCCUGAUUGUGCACGGUGAGAAGGAUCCUCUGGUCCCGCGAUUUCAUGCCGACUUCAUACAUGAGCACGUGAAAGGGUCGAGGUUGCAUCUGAUGCCAGAAGGCAAACACAACCUGCAUUUGCGUUUUGCAAAUGAAUUCAACAAGUUAGCAGAAGACUUCCUACAAUGAAUGUGUCCCUGAGAACAUUUGAUUCUUGGUGGCUCUUUAGUUUGGGGCUUGAUCAUGUAGCCGCCCGUCAUUCUGAAGCCUUUGAAACUCUUCUGCUGAGUCACACAGCAGGUCUCCUGCCUUCUCAGGCUUCCUGCCCCUCUCUACAGUCUGACCUAAUCAAACAGGACACACUGAAAAUAGCCUUUAGCUUCAGUAGCUACAAAAAUUAAAUCUGAUUUUUUAA